CAUACCCUCACAUCUUCUCUCGUAACUCACAUAUUCCGCACAAAUCGUCGAUCAGCAUCUCUCGGUACCACCCAAAACAAAAAUACUGCUGCCCUCAUUGUCAAACACGAUGCAGUUCAAUAUCCUCUGCGUUCUGACCCUCCUUGUUGCCUUCGUGGCAUCCGCGGCCGUCCCUGAGGUCGCUCCUGAUGUCACCAGCACUCAUGGAACCUGGUUCGAUGUUGAAGACUUCGAUGUGAAUGAUUUCAAACUUGCUACUCGUGAUGAAGACGAGUCCAAUUCUGAAUUGGUCAACGAAGACGACGGUGAAACGGUCGAAAUUAAGGACAAGAGAUGUCAUCGCCGUGUUUGCCGUUAUAGCUCUCAGUGCUGCCACACUGAUACAUGCGUUCUGGGCGCCUGCAUGGGACCUGGAAAGUGGCCUUAA